AUGGUGCCACUCGACACCGCCUCCAGUCCAGGCUUCCCUUUCGGCAGUCCGCGACCACGUCAGAUCACCAAGCUAGCCGUAGCAGGCCCUUCCGGCUCCCGAUCUGCUCCUCAAUCACCACACACUCCCACCAACCUCGCACAGCCACUCCCCUCCGCUCUCGGCGCAUUCAACCCAGAUGGAAGCCUCAGCGUCGUUCGCAAUGACGACGAUGCAAACAACAGCGGGCUGCUCGACCUGAGUCCUGCUCUGUCCAGAGCCAUCAAGUCGAGACCCAACUUCGCCGGCUCGCCUUCCGCGAAACGUCAGCGCGUCGCCUCCCACACGUCUAGGCUCGACUCGAUCGCUGAUGAAGACGAUAGCGGUGUCAGCGCACAUCACGCGCUCCCGAGGCGUCGUACGGUCGCCAAGUCGAGGCUAAGCAGCCAUGCUACAUUUGGGCCCGUGGUGCAGUCGUCGCAGCCAUCCGAAGAUUACCUGCAUUCCGACCCGGGGCUAGCCAACGGGCUUGGUGCGUCUUCGGAUAUCGAGGCAGACAUUCACAGGGAAGUAGCAUCGACCUCGAAGCAGCCAUCUGUGCACAGCGUCGGCCAGGCACUGGAUUCUGGUGACGAUCCAGAUGUUGACGAAGAGGAAGAAGAAGAAACUUCGACAUUGACAAGGCUGCGCCGAUGGAGACAGGAUGCCAUGCAGCAGCACCUCUACGACACGGCCAUCUUUUGGGGAUCCAAAGUGCUUUCCCUCGAGACCACAGCUGCCGCUUUCAACGACGCCUACCACCUCGCCCAGUGCUACUUCUACACGCAUCAGUAUGCUCGAGCUGAACAGCUGCUCACCUCGCCCUUGCGAACAGGUGCAUCUCGCUCCCGCAAUCCAACUAGAUCUGCUGGCCAAACGACGUCCACGCAUGCUGACUCCGCCCCUUACUCGGCCAAGCACACCGGCGCAGAAGGCUUCCUCGCCUCUGAAAACGUGCAGGAAGACGAGGAUGCGCUGCAGGAGGUGCUCCAGCGCACGCGAUCCUCCUCCAUCUUGCCUGCUAGCAUCAUGGCUCGAUCCACGACGAAGGACAGCAUGUAUUCGGCCGCCUCUUCCGCCACGGGCAAACGCAAGAACCGCGACUUUAACGUCACAGCUACGGGCACGGGGUCGUCGGAAACCGAGAGCAGUGGGAGGGAUGCAGAGUCUGAUGAAGAGUUUCUCAAGGAUGCUUCCGCCGAACGCGAUGGGUCUGUGGUUCUGCGCGAUGCAGCUCCGACGACUUGGCGCCAGUCGAAAGCUGCCGCGGCUUCAAAGGCAACCGCCAACGGUGUUGAUCUGCAGGACGAUCUGGAUCAGGUCAAGAACAGCAGCAUAGCACCUGCACACGGUCCGAUCCUGGUGAACCACAGUCUGGCAUGUCGGUACCUCGCUGCGCAGUGUCAAGUCCGGCUUGCCAAGUACCACGAAGCGCUCGACCUUCUCGGCGAGACGGAACACUGGGGCACCUCGGCGAGCAACAAACGGCCGUCGAACGAUGGAGGUAUCAAGCUCGGUUCUUCCGUCGCCUUUCUGCGGGGACAGAUCCACCUUCGCUUGGAUGAUCUGCCACGCGCGCGCGAUUCGUUCAUGGCGGCGCUGGCGCUGGAUGUGAAGAACUACGAGGCGUUUUCCGCGCUGAUCGAUGGAGAGAUGUUGGGGGUGCGGGAGCAGUGGACGUUUGUGCAGGGGUUGGAGUAUGCGGCGCAGGCGGGGGAGGGGGAGGGAGCGGUGGAGGAUCACGAGCUGGUGAGGCUGCUGUACACGACGCAGCUGUCGAAGCAGGGCAAAGGGUUGGUGGAGACGACGGCGGUGGCGAGGAGGAGGUUGGUGGAGGAGUACGGACUGGGAGAUGAUCCGGAUGUACUGCACGGAUUGGCGUCGGAGUUGUUUGCGAGGUUGAGGUUCAGCGAUGCGUUUAUCGUGACGAGCAGGAUCUUGGAAUUGUCGGCGGAUCAUACGGCGACGUUGCCCAUCCACAUUGCGUGCACGUACCAUCUCAAGAACCUCAGACCGGCGCUGUUCAUGUUGGCGCAUAGGUUGACGGAGCUGCAGCCGGAGUUGGCGGUGUCGUGGUAUGCGGUGGGGACGUGGUAUGCUGCGACGAGGAGGUGGGCGGAGGCGAGGCGGUAUUUCAGCAAAGCGUCGUUGUUGGAUCCGAGGUUUGCGCCGGGUUGGAUCGCGUUUGGACACACUUUUGCGCUGGAGGGGGAGAGCGAUCAGGCGAUCAUCGCGUACUCAACCGCUGCGAGGCUGUUCCCCCAGUCGCAUCUGCCCAAAUUGUUCGUCGGCAUGGAACAUCUGCACCAAGACAACCUUUCCCUGGCGAGGUUAUCGCUGGAAGGAUCUGCAGCAAUCUUCGCCUCCGAUCCGCUACUCGCCAACGAACGCGGUAUCGUAGCCUUCCAAACCGGCGAUCUUUCUUCCGCAUCCGAGUUCUUCUCCACAGCAAUCUCGCUGGCAAAGGAAACCCAACAUCCGGCGUCGAGUUGGAAAUCGACGUACCUCAACCUCGGACUUUCCCUGAUGCGAAUGUCGCGCGACGACGAGGCAAAGUCUGCGCUCGAGACGGUCGUCGAACUGGAUCCGCACAGUCACCAGGCGUAUCUGUGUUUGGGAAUGCUGGCUCACAAGCAAGGAGAGCUGGAUGAUGCAGUGGCACUGUACCACUCGGCAUUGUCGAUUUGUCCGAGAGACGCGUAUGCCACGGAGUUGUUGGAUUUCGUGUUGGAGGAGAAGGUGCAGUAUGGGGUGGGGAGGUUUGCGAAGUUUGAUCCGCAGGAGAGGAUGAGGAAGAAGGACGGAAAGGGAAAGGGGAAGGGUAGGGAGGUGGACGAAGGGAUGGCGAUGGUGAAUGGUGACGAGGAGGGUGAUGGGUUGACGACGAUCCCGGAAAACUCGGCUUCGAUGGGUUUUGAUGCGUCGCAGCAGAGCGUUGGACAGCAGCAGCAGCACCGGCCGCCGGUGAGAGGGCAAGCGGAUCGCUCGUUGUCGUAUCAAGAUCAAGCUUCGAUGAGAUUCGCUUCGGUGAGGAUGCCUCAGGGGGAUACGUCAGCUAUCACGGCGGCCGAGAUGAGUCUCGACAACUCGUCGGCAACCGGUGGCGGUACAAUCCAGAAUCAGAGCGCGGAUGAAGAGCCAGAGCGUCAGGAUCAGAGCAGCGUGCUGAUGGACGAAUCCACGUCCUAG